GGGGUGGGUGACCCUCGGCCCGCCAUGAUGGUGGAUUUAGGGAUAAUGGAGAUCGCCGAAAGUGCUUUUCGCAACGCGUGAGGGUUUUUAAUUUUUAAAUUAUUAAACGAAACAACAACAAGGGUUGUUUUUUUUUUUUGUACGAUCGUUGUAUUGUUUUUUUUUUUUCAUUUUAAAAUGUUAAGUUAUUUAAAGAAUUGAGCUUUAUUUAUAAAAUAAUAGUACCAACCACAACGAAACGUAUUUCACAGAAAACACACAACAAUACGCUGACCAUCCUUCAUUCAGAAGAUAGAUUAGGUUGUUCUGUUGAAGAAAAAACGACUUUGUUUAGAAAUAAAUAAAAUAUGGGGAUGUUAUAAAACACAGAAGAUCUCUCAACCCGUUUGUUUUGAUGUGUACAUCCGCCAGUAUGCAACGAGAUACGGACAGGCUCCUGGUGUAAGCGUGGGCCCCCCCUUCGAAGUCUUUAGUAAUUGUUUAACUGGGAGCGGUAUCUGAAGAGAGGAGAAAUGCCACAGCCUUUGUCUUUUACUAAGCCCGUUCUAGGUGAAUGUUCGCUGAAGCUGGCUGCAGGAAUGUCAUCCUCUAAGGUACUGGGAGGGGCCCGGAGGCGCAGGACGCGCUGCAGGAAAUGUGACGCCUGCACGAGGACGGAAUGUGGGGAGUGCCACUUUUGCAAGGAUAUGAAGAAGUUUGGAGGACCAGGUCGCAUGAAGCAGUCCUGUCUGAUGAGGCAGUGCACUGCGCCCGUGCUGCCUCACACGGCGGUCUGUCUGACCUGCGGAGAAGCUGGGAAAGAGGACACAGUUGAGGAUGAAGACGAGAAGUUUAACCAGUCUCUCAUGGAGUGUACCAUCUGCAACGAGAUCGUCCACCCGCGCUGCCUCAAGAUGAGCAAAGCUGAGGGCAUCAUUAACAACGAAAUCCCAAACUGCUGGGAGUGUCCGAAGUGUAACAAGGAGGGGAAAACCAGCAAGGACCAGGAGGAUGGAACUGGAAAGAGACGGCUGGACAACGGGGAGGUGGGACGCUGGAAACUGAUGGACGACCCCACCCCCAGCAAGAAGUCGUCCUCGGCCCAGGAAGAGGGGGUACAGGGGGGCCACAAGCGCAAAAAAGAGAAGGAGGUACCCCAGGACACAGGGCCCAAGAAGAAGGUAAAAGGAGGACGAGAAAAACAUCUAAAAAAGAAACAGAAGCCCUCGCCUCCAACCCCAGAAACUCCAGCCCCCCAAAACCCACCGGACCACCGCUCCCACCAGAGAGAGAAACUGGAGCGCUUCAAACGCAUGUGCCAGAUGCUGGAGCGGGUCAGAAACUCCAGCACCAGCUCCAGCUCCAGCUCGGACUCUGACUCGGACUCGGACUCUCUUUGCCAGGGCUCCGAACGGGCCUCCCCCCCGCCUCUGCCUCCCCCGGUCCGGGGGGCCUCCAAGAACAAAGAACGAGACCGCAGGCUAGCGGAACUGGGGUUCAGCGCCAGCGAGGAGGAGAGCGAGGAUGAGGAAGAAGACAGAGAGGAGGAGGAGGAGGAGGAGGAGGAGGAUGAGGAGGAGGAGGAGGAGGCAGCGGACGAGGAAGACGACGAGGAAGAGGAGGAGGAAGAGGAGGAGGAAGAGGCGAUCCAGCCUCCAAAAAACAUUUCGCGAAAUGGCCGCACCAGAGCCGGGGGAGUCCGCGCCGGCUCUGCCUCUUCUCAGGAGAAAGAGAAUAACAACGGCGGCCGUUUUCGGAGAAGCAAGAACCGCGGCAAGGCUGGGGCAGCCGCCCAGCCCAGCCGUAACUCCCGGCAGCCGCCAACGGUCCAGCGGCUGGCCACCCACUCCCAGUUCCUGAAGCGCCCGGCCGUCCCCUCCCCGCCCAAACCGGUCCAGAUGGAGAGGCACCUGGUCCGCCCCCCUCCCGACUCGCCCGAGCCCGACUCCCUGCCCCUGGACUCGGGUUCCGAUCACGUCAUGCAGAGGGACGUCUGGCUCGCUGUGUUCCUGCACCUGAGUCACAGGGAGCUGUGCGUGUGCAUGAGGGUUUGCAGGACUUGGAGCCGAUGGUGUUGCGACAAGCGGCUGUGGACCAAGAUCGACCUGAGCCGGCGCAAAUCCAUCACCCCUCCCAUGCUAAGUGGUAUAAUCCGCCGCCAACCUGUUACACUGGACCUGGGCUGGACCACUAUCUCAAAAAAGCAACUAAUGUGGCUGAUCAACCGGCUGCAGGGUCUGAAGGAGCUCAUCCUCUCUGGGUGCUCCUGGUCCUCGGUCUCUGCUCUCUGCUCCUCCUGCUGCCCCUGCCUGCGUCUCCUGGACCUGCGCUGGGUCGAGGAAGUCAAGGAAUCGCACCUCCGAGAGCUGCUGGCGCCCCCUGCUGACAGAACAGGUAAUCAUGAUGGCAGGGGGUGGUUCCAGAACGUGACAGAGAUCCGAUUGGCCGGCCUCGACGUGACGGACAGCUCUGUGCGGCUGCUUGUUCGCCACAUGCCCCACCUGACCAAACUGGACUUGAGCCACUGCGGCCACGUGGGCGACCAAGCCGUGAAUCUGUUGACCGCUGCUAACUCACCACUGAGAGACACACUCUCUGAUAUCAACCUGUCCGGUUGUGGGCGUCUCACUGAUCACUGCCUGCCUCUCUUCAAGCGCUGCGCCUCUCUCACACGGCUGGACCUUAGAUCUUGCAAGCAAGUGACCACUGACGCCUGCCAGCGAUUCACAGAGGAACCGGUUCCCGGGGCCACAUUCCGCUGCUCUGAGGACAAACUGCUGCUCAAAAACAGCUAACGGGGGGGGCCCCUGUAAACACCCCUCCCCUUCCAACCCCCCCCCUCCCAAGGAGAGAGAGAGAACUGACAGAAAGGGGAGGGCAGGAGGAAAAAUAAAAAAAGAGUAACCGGGGACACACGACGGAUCAGGGAAUUUUUUUUUUUUUUUUUUUUUGCGGUCAGAAUGUGAAAUGGGGAGGCCUCAUUUUUUUUUUUUUUUUUAUUAUUUUCUGCAGGGACUUUAAAAAAAUAAAGCCACAACGCAAAGGAACGUAAGCGACAGAUCAGGUUUGGCGCUGAGUUUUACGUAGCGGAGUGUUAUCCACUGUCUUUUUAAAAAAAAAAAAAAAAAAAAAAAAAAAAAUUGAUUGUCUGAUUGUUUACAUGCAAGGAAGGAGGGUGUCGUUCCGCGUCUUGACCACUAGGUGGCACUGUCGUUCCCUCUCUGGUAAUCAAAUGAUUUGGACGGGUCGAGGUGGGGGGGGGGGGGAAGGGGGGGGAGGGGAGCAACUUUAUUUGCCAUCCAAACACCCCACGUCUGUCUGUACAGAAAGGUUACAGUCCUUUCAAUGCUGGGUAUUAUCAAAUGAUUAACCUAAACAAACAUUAAAAAAUCUGUGGGAUAUAUAAAAAAUGUUUACAAUCGCAGUGGAAAGGUAUCGUUUACCAAUUUAUAAUGACAAUAAUACCCUGAUUUGUCAUGCACCAAGAGGUGCAAAUACAUUUGAAUCAGUUUUGUGGUUUCAGUAUUUCUAUAGAGCUUACUGAUGUUCCACAGCAGUGUGAUCCAUUCCAGGUUUUACUACCAGCUUGAUCAGCCCCCAGCGUGUCUAGCUAACAAGCUCAGGUGUGUCUGAUUAUUAAACUCCUAGUGAAACCAGGACUGGAUCACACUGCUGUGGAACGGGAGUCUGAUUGCCAUCCCUGUGAAGAUAACCAGCGUUGUUAUUAUUAUUAUUAUUAUUGCAGGGAUUGGAAUCAGACUCCUGUUCCACAGCAGUGUGAUCCAUUCCAGGUUUUACUACCAGCUUGAUCAGCCCCCCAGUGUGUCUAGCUAACAAGCUCAGGUGUGUCUGAUUAUUAAACUCCUAGUGAAACCAGGACUGGAUCACACUGCUGUGCAGCGGGAGUCUGAUUCCAAAUGACUCUCUGUUUAUUCUAGGUAACCAAAGCAACAAUCGCAGGUACAAAUACAGAAACCUGCGAUAGAUAUUUUUUGAUCAAAAUGACAAAUAAAUGCGUUAAUUGAACUGGAA